CAACAAUGGAUCUAGAUACUCACUCAUUAUAAAUAGCGACGUUACAAUUUCUUAAGCAUUCUCCCAAACAUCUUCUUCUACGGUGUAAACCGCAAAAAAAAACAAAAAAAACACUAUGUCUUCGAACAAGAUUGUGUUGACAAGCUCAGAUGGCGAUUCUUUCCAAGUUGAGGAACAGGUGGCGAGAAAAUUGCAGAUCAUAGCACACAUGAUCGAGGACGACUGCGCCGAUAAAGCAAUCCCGCUUUCAAACGUCACUGGAAAGAUCCUUGCAAUGGUCAUCGAGUAUUGCAAAAUACACGUUGAUGAUAAAGAUAGUAAUUCAACUGAAGCAACGAAUGAUAGUGAAGCAACUGAAGCAACUGAAGCCAAGGAGGAGCUCGUGAGGACUUGGGACAAAGAGUUCAUGAAAUCUCUCGAUCUUGAAACGAUCUUCUCAGUCAUUCUCGCUGCCAACUAUCUCAGCAUCAAGAGCCUUUUAGAUCUCACGACCCAGUACGUGGCAGAUUACAUCAAAGACAAGACACCAGAGGAGGUUCGAAAGAUCUUCAAUAUUGAAAACGAUUUCACACCGGAAGAAGAAGAAGAGAUACGAAAGGAGAACGCAUGGGCUUUUGAAGAUGAUCCAAAACCCUAACUUUUUGUUUUCGUUUUAAAAUUGUUGAUUUCGACGGUCGUUUAAUCUUUGUUGAUGACUUUCUUAAAUAUUUAUUCUCAAGUAUGUCUUUGAUUUUAUGGUUUGUGGUUGCUUUUCAAUUUCAUGGUGUUAUUAUGUUCAA